AGCAGGGACUGCGGUCAUAAACAAACACACGCAGUGGUGUCUGCGGAGCUGUGCGGGAACACUGAGUGACUUUCAGGAACGCUGACCUUCUUCUCGAUCGGCACCGAGAAGUCAGACGGGCUAAAAAACAAAUCGGGACUUUAUUCGACAUACAAACAAGAAGCGCGGAUUCCGUCCACGCUCCCUCCCUCCUCCCCUCCCCCGGAGUCGGCUUAUGUGACACAUUCACGUCCCGGCGGAAAAACGAGCGAAAUAUGACGGAGCUGAGGAAGCGAGGCGGAGGAGACCCUGACAGCGCCGACAAUAUCAGCGACAAGGAGGCUGACGGUGAUGACAGGCUGGGCCUGGCCGGUGACGCAGAGGGAGAAUGUGACGGUGACUCCAAAGCAGACACUCCAGAUUUUCCUCUCUCCACAGCAGACACAGACAACACUCCAGAAUGCCUCAACAAAGCUCUGCAGGGGCUGCCGCCCAGAUGGAAGAACUACUGGAUACGAGGAGUUCUGUCUUUAGCCAUGAUUUCUGGCUUUUUCCUCAUCAUCUAUAUGGGACCUGUGGCUCUUAUGCUAGUGGUCAUGACUGUCCAGAUCAAGUGUUUCCAAGAAAUUAUCACCAUUGGCUACAGAGUUUACCAUUCCUAUGACCUGCCAUGGUUCAGGACACUAAGCUGGUACUUUCUGGUGUGCGUCAACUACUUCUUCUAUGGAGAAACUGUUGCAGAUUACUUUGGAGCUCUGGUGCAGAGGGAGGAACCUCUGCAGUUCCUGGCUCGAUAUCACCGCUUCAUCUCCUUCGCUUUGUACCUCGCAGGUUUCUGCAUGUUUGUGCUGAGUUUAGUGAAGAAACAUUACCGCCUGCAGUUUUAUAUGUUUGCUUGGACCCAUGUGACCCUGUUGAUUGUGGUAACUCAGUCCCACCUUGUCAUUCAGAACCUGUUUGAAGGAAUGAUCUGGUUCAUUGUCCCCAUCUCCAUUGUGAUUUGCAACGACAUCAUGGCCUACCUGUUUGGAUUCUUCUUUGGGAGGACUCCACUCAUUAAGCUCUCACCCAAGAAGACCUGGGAGGGUUUCAUCGGAGGCUUCUUCUCCACUGUGGUCUUUGGCUUCAUUCUGGCCUGCCUCCUCGCUCAGUUUCAGUACUUCGUGUGUCCCGUGGGCUUCAACAGUGAGACGAACUGCUUCACAGUUGAAUGCGAGCGUUCUGAUAUCUUUGUGAUGCAGGAGUACACGCUUCCCACUGUGCUACAAAACACACUAAGAUGGAAAACCGUCAACCUGUAUCCCUUCGCGAUCCACAGCAUCUUCCUCUCAUCCUUUGCAUCCCUCAUCGGACCGUUUGGCGGCUUCUUUGCCAGUGGUUUCAAGCGAGCAUUCAAAAUCAAAGACUUUGCCAACACCAUCCCUGGCCAUGGCGGUAUCAUGGACCGUUUCGACUGUCAGUACCUGAUGGCCACCUUCACGCACGUCUAUAUUGCCAGCUUCAUCAGAGGUCCGAACCCCAGCAAGGUGCUGCAGCAGCUGCUGCUGCUUCAGCCUGAACAGCAGCUCACUAUUUUCCACAAUCUGCAGUCCCACCUGAGAGACCGGGGGAUGCUCCCAGCUGCUGCCGCCCAGGCCGAGUGACAGAGCGCCACCUCCACAAGGCGAUGACCGGGGAGUGUGUGAGAUGGUUGUCAAAGUUGGUGUAAGCAUGUACACACAGGCACGCAUGCAGAACGGCUGUAUGGUAUGUGUGGUUUCAGGCGUCUGUCGGCGCAUCCAUCGUCAUCCUGCCGGCUCUUUAUUCAACUUCCAACCAGCUCAGAAUCCCAACUUUGAACCUGAGGUGGCUCUCCAGACUGCAAGGAAUCAUCUAGUAGGACACAAACUAAAACAAAAAGAAAAAUAGGUGGCUGCGCCGCUUUCCACUUGGACUGGCAUCAGCUACAACACGCUUCACAAGUGAACGGGCAGUCGUCAUCCUAAAAGCAUACACACUGAAGAUGACUGUAAAGCACACACAGCUUUCUCAGCGGACGGUCGACGUGCAGAUUCGCCGUGGACGGCAGUUAUUGCACUGACUUUAGAUUUUAAAAUGGAUUUAAGAAGCUUUUACCAGCAGAAACUGGGCCCAAAGUGUUGUGCACGUGGACCUGAGCUGCAACAAACAGACUGUCUCUCCGGGUGUGGGUGAAGUGAUGCAGCAUACUGUAGAGACUGUUUUAUAGGCAUAAUAAAAAGAUGUAGCAUGUAGUCUAGUCCUGUUGAGGGCUACAGCUAAAUGAAGCCAUGCUUAUCCUCCACUUCCACAACAUUUAGCUUUUAGGUUUCUGACUAAAUCUAAAAUAACUUGCACAAUAAUAGUCACCUGACUGUAGGCAUGUUAACACAGAAAGUAGAGCAUCAGCUGCACACUCAGAUUAAUGUGUUGUACAUAAGUCUACUGAAACUAUUUAGCUGAAUAAAUGCAUAUAAUAUAUUACUACUUUAUGUGACCUGCUGCAGGAAAAGAAAUACUUUUAAGCUAUGAGAAAUGCUAUAAAAAAGAAAGAAAGAUGUAACUCAUUUGUAGCUUUUAGCAUGAAGACAUUUAGAUUUUUAACAGGUAGCAGUGUAGAGGUGUUCUGGGUGAACCUUUGCUAGAGAUUGUAAAAAAACAAAACAGAAAAAAAACAACUUAAUAAUUUAAAGGAUUAGGUUGAGCAGUGAUUUGUGGGAAAUGUAGUCACUGGUUUUCUUUCUUUGAGCUGUUAAAAAGAUCAGUAACAAUGUCCUGUCUGUACCCGUACAGAGAAAUACACUACAAAAAAUACAAAUAUACAAAGAUCAGUGUAAGUGGCAGCAAACAUAAACACAAAAACAACUGUCACACGUGGCCACAACAGGAGCCGUUUCAGACAGACUUCUGUCCUGAAUUCAGUCCCUUUGUUCAGGCUGCUCCUGGUUUAGAGUGGGCCCUUUGGAGGUGAGCACACAUGGAAGGCAAUGAUAAAUGCACAGCUUAAUUAAUUAUUAUAAGUCUGUGCAUUUUUCCAUUCCAUCUAUUCCAUAAGAAAGAGGCAGCAUAUUUAUACUGAAAUCAUUGCGCCUUCAUUUUCAGCUCGGCUGAUUGUUGCGGUAACUUUGCUCUCACUCUAGGACCAAAUUAUGGAACUAUGUUUAACUCUGCAGAGGAGCUUUUUUAUUUGUCUGUUUAGCAGUUUUGGAUUUACAUUCAGAUGUAAGCAGAGGUGGGGUUUGGCUUUUGGAGUCAGUCCAGAUCUGGACCCACGAUUAAAUCAUGGUGAGAUCGAGAAAAAUAUUAUAUCACAGCUGCACAAAUGCAAAUAAGAAAAACUAGGAGACAUCCUGAUGUUCAAGAAAAUGUCACAGAAUAAUAAUAAUAAUCCCCAUCCUGAAAUCCUGGAUCCACAAACACAUUCAUGCAUGAGGGGGAAGUCGUUUCCGUCCUCGGCUGACGUGUGGAUCGGCUCUUUUUUCUCUCUCCUAUUUCCUGUCUGUCUCCCUGUUAAUGAAUCACAUGGAGACCAACUCUGAGUUGGUGGAAACCUGCUGCGGCCUGCAGAGCCGCCCUGAUCUCUGUACUGGAAACCUCUUUACUGAGAGGCGUUAAACCGAGUCUGAGUUCUUGCUCAGGCUCUGAAUGCACAAAUUCAUAAUUUAAUCUUUACCUCAAACUCUUGGAAAGAAACCAGAUGAGCUCGUUUCCCAAAAUGUGAAACUGUUUCCUUCAACCAGUGAUUUUAGUUGCACUGUGAUGAUGGUGAUGGUGGUGA